AUGCAUUUCUCUCAAGGAAAUAAUACUUUUGCACUAAGUUCUUUGCAGUCAUCUGCUAGUGCUUAGGUAAAUAGAUAAUAGGAUAUUGCUAAAGAUAAUAGUGUUCUUUAGUCAUCAGAAAAAUUACAUCAAACUUAUAUUCAGCUAUGUUAGGAGCGAGGACAAUAAAUAGAUAAGAUCUUAAUAUUUUAGAAUAUGAAAAUAAGAGAAAAAAAUUGGGUAGAAAUAGAGCUCGAUAGAGAAAUAGGAAUUGAAAUGUUUAGAAUUAUAUGCGAGGUCAUCAGAAUGAAUAAAUUUUAUGUCAGUUUAAGAGCAAAGAAUUUCGAUUUAGGUCAAAAUCACUUUCAGGUCAUAGAAUCUUUAAUAAAAGACAAGCUGAUUGAGCUAUCGAUGAACAAUUGCAACUUAAGUACAAAUAUGUUAUCAAUCUUAAGUAGCUUGAUUAAAAGUAAGCAGUGCAAAAUGUAAAAGUUGAAAAUUAUUAACAACAAUAUUGGAUAUGAUGGAGCUUGUAUACUUCAAGAUUGUCUAAGUCACCACAAGUACUUGAAAUAUAUUUACAUAGAAUAUUGUUCUAUAGACAACCAAACAAUAAGUCAAAUUAUGAAUGCAGCUGAAACUAUUCAGAAUCUUCAAUUCAUUUCUUUAGAAGGAAAUAAAUUAGAGUAUAUCGGUCUAUAAAUUAUCCUUGAAACAAUGAAAAGAAAUACUAAUAUUAAGUAGCUUUAUAUCCGCAACAAUCCUAUUGGGGAUGAAUCUAUCAACUUGUUCAAGUAAGAGUUCUUCACUUUUUCUGAUAUAGAUUUUUCUAAUUGCAUGUUGACAUUCAUUGGUAUAAAUGAUCUAACAAAGACAAUUAUGAUCAGUGAAGAAUUCAAGAAUUGUUGCAAUAGCUUAAAUCUUAGCAAUAAUAUUUUAGCGUCAAAAGGAGCCAAAUAAAUAUUUUAGCUUAUUUCGAUUUAGUUUUAAAAAAUUGAUAAUUUGAAUUUAAGUAAUACAAAGCUAGGUGAUCAAGUAAUAGAUUCUUUAUCUCUUGCAUUAAAAAGCAGAAACUGCUAAUUAAAAUCUCUUGAUUUAUCAAAUAAUUAUAUCACAGAUAAUGGAGCUAUAAAGAUAUUUGAAAGUAUAAAGUAGUCUCCUAAUUCCUAAUUGUAAAGAGUUAAUUUAAUUGGAAACUAUAUUAGCGAGCAGUGUGAAAAUUAUUUAAUACAGAAUAACACUCAACUUGGUAGUUCAUUUAAAUUUAAGUUAGGUUAGUAAAUGAGUGUAACUAACUUGAGCAAUUUACAUUUUUUGGAAAAUUACUACCAAGAGUUUGAAAAUAUUAAUAAAAAAAUAAACACUUUGUGGAAAAAUUACCUUGAUAAAUCUAAAAGGCUAAAUGUUAAUUAUAGUAGAACUCUUAGGGCAAUAACACAAUAAAUUACUUGUUGUAAACAGAAGGAACCUUUAAGAAAUAUGAUAGUGAAUUAAACGAAUAUAGGAAUAAAUGAAAUAGAAAUUAUUCAACUGAUUGCUAGAUAUGUGCCUAGCAUAGAAAAUUUAACUAUUACUAACUGUGAUCUAAUAAAUUAUGUGUAAUUGUAAAACUCUCAUUAAAAUUAAGAAGGAGUUCAUAAUAGUUAGCAAUCAAUAUAGUAUAGAAAUAAUGAGUCAGACUAUGAUUAAAGCUUGAUUAUUGUUAAGAUUGGAGAAAUCAUUAGUGAUAACAAUAAUAUUAAUAAUUUAUAAUUAACCAGUUUAAAUCUGACAACAAACUAAAUUAAAGACUUACUUGAGUAUUUAAAGUAUACAAAUAAGCCUAUCAGAAUUGAUUUUUCUAAAAACCUAAUUGAUGACAACGGAUUUUUAUUGAUGCUUGAAUUUUAGAAGAAUUUCCACAAAAUCUUUUAGCACAUUGUGCUUUCAGACAAUAAGCUGUCUUAUCAGGUUUUUCCUAUAUUAAUUCAGCACCUAAAGUAAGCAUAAAAUGUUGGUCUAAUUGAAGAAGUAUCUCUUGAUUCAGUGAAUGAUAUUUAGGCAAAUAACAUUGGAGAGUUUUUUUAUGAUCUUUCUUUGUUUCAACCAAAAUUAGUUAACCUUUCUCUGUGCAAGUAGCGCAUUAAUGAUUCAGUGGCAGAGACAAUUUCAUACUUUAUUAAAAAUUCUUAGUACAUUGAAAGUUUAAAUUUAAGCUUUAAUGAAUUAACAGAUGUAGGAGCUAAUGUUAUUAUCAAUGGUGCUUGGGCAAAUUAAUUUAGGUUCUAAAAGCUUUCUAUGUUAGGAAACUUUUUUUCAAAGAAAUUCUUUAAUUAUGUUUAGAAUUAGCAGUAGCAAAACAACUACAAAGUUUAAAUAUUAAUUGAACCUUCUUUAACUUCAUCAAAUUAGUAAUAAAACUAAGAAAACAUUUUGCAAGAUUUGGAGAUACGAAUGGCUUAGCUAAAUUCUUCUUUGGGUGCUGCUAAUUAAGAAGACCCUCAAAUGCCAAUUGUUGAGUAAAGUUUAAAGGAUCACGAAAUAUCUUAUCAAGCAGACCAAGUAUAAUAAGAUAUUGUUGAGUAGCCUAUAGUUUCUGGUAAUCAUGCAGCAAUCUCUCAGUCAAAAGAAACUUAGAGUGGACAUUUUCCAGUGUAAAGCAUAAAUUCUAAAAAAUUCAUUAAUUCAUAGGAGAAUAUCUAAAGCUAACAUAGCUAGCAUUAAAGUCAGAACUAACUCAGCCAAUAAAAAAUUAGAGAUUCUUAGCCAAAUAUACCUUCUUUCUUGCAAAAUUCUGAUAAACUCUCAAAUAGGCAAACCUAAGAAAAUAUAAAUUUCGAUGAAAAUUUCAAAAAACAAGAAUUCAGACAGUCCAACACUGAAUUGUAAAAAAGCUACAAAAAAGACGACAUGACAUUUGGAAUAAAUUCGUAAUAAAAAUCAGAGAAAAAUAAUAUUCCCUCAUUUGAAAAUUAACAAUAAUAUUAAUAGUAAAUAAACUUCAAGUAAAACGCUACUUCAACCACUUCAUUAGAAAACCAAAACAAAAACUAAGCAUCUGUGUAUAUAGAUGAAUACAUCAAAGAAAUACACUAAAUAGAGGGUCAUAUUAAGGACUUGUUUGAAAGAUAAACUUUCCUUGUAGAAGAAAUAAAAUAGAAGAUCUCCUUGGAACCUUAAAUAAGGAAAACAAGAUAAUAAGAGUCUGUUAAUUAACUAAGUAAAGAGUAAAUUAGUUAAAGAUCUCAUCUGUCAUAGAUUUAAAAUAGUGCUAAUGAUUUGAAUGAACAUGUGAAAAAAUCAAAGAUUAAAAAUGAUCAAAACUUUAACAAACUAAUAAACUUACCGAGUGAGCAAUAUCUUAAUAUUGAAAAUCAUUUUUCACCAUAAAUAAAUUAAAUUGGUGAAAAAAAAAGAACAUAAAAUACAUUAAGUUAGCUAGGAACAAAUAAUGACUUUAAUCAAAUGCAGUUAAAUUCAAAAAAUGACUUAAACAAGAACUAAUAUAGUGUGAGUAAUAAUCAUCUUCCAAGAAAUUUUCCGAUUUCUUCUGCUCUCUUAGAAAAUACAGAUCGCUAACAAUCUAUAAAUAGCUAAAAGGUUGUUCAUAGUCUAAACGCACUUAAGGAAAGAAUUUAAGACUUAGAAGAGCAAGUAGAGAGAGAAUCAAUAAGGUAAAUGUAACAUCCAAAUUACUAAUAAGAUGAAAGAGGAUAUCAAACUUAGUAGCAAUAACUAGUUUAAGAAAUUUUAGAAAAUAACAAGCCAUAAAAUGAGUAAUUAAAAGUUAGAAUAAACAGUAACUUACAUAGUAUAUACUAAAAGAAUGCUCCUAGCAGUGUAGCAAUAGGUAGUACUUUAAAUGAAAUUAAUGCUACGCAUAAUCAGUUAUUAGCUCCAAAAUCAAUGUAUACAGCCACUUCCAUACCCACUGAAAAUAACUUAGAGUUUUAAAGUGUUGGAUAAAACCUAAAUAAAUAUUCAAAUAAAUAUAAUCCAGCGAUCAGAUAGAGUAAGGUUAGUUCGAAUAUCCAAACAUUUACUAGCAAUUUAGUUAACGAUGAAGAUAAUAGAAAGAAUAGCUUUUUAAGUGCUAUUUAGGGAGAGACUAGGAUUCCUUAACCAAAUGAAUCUACUAUGAAGUAAAUAAAUGGUUUACAAAAUUAAAAAAAAAUAGAUCCUUAAAAUGUAAAAGAGCCUCAUUAAAGAGAUAACUCGCAAUAAAAAAAUAGAAAUUAAAGCAUACCUCCAUAAUCCAUGAUAUUGAUGGAAGAUAAUAUAAUGAAUUUAAAUGCUUCACCUCAAAGGUAGCAAAGGAACAAUGAAAUUAGAAUGAAUUAAGAUAAAGAAAUUCAAGAUUUCUUAAAUAUUCAGCACUAAAAUAUUAUAAAUCACUAAUAAAAUAGAAGCUAAGUUGAUAAUGAACCAGAAUAAAGUGAGACCUUCACUUUUUACUAAAGUGGCAGUCACUAAAUAAAUUACAAUAUGUAUUAACCUCACUAAAAUGAAUAUCAAUCUUCUAUGUAAUAAUCUAGAAUGAAUAACAGUAAUGAGUCUCCUCACAAAAUAUUGUCCAAAUAAAAGCUUUAAAUUUCACAGAUUUCUAAUGUUAGCGGUUUGAGCUAAAUGUAAACAUCAUCCUAAUCGAGCCCUUCUAAAAGCAGAAUGAAAGGCUCAAUAGUAGGAAAUAAAAACAUAGGAUUCUCAAAAAGAGUGGAUAAUGUCUAAUAUUUAGUUGAAGAGUUAGUCAAACUAAUUGAAAGAUAUGAAUAUUUAAUUUAAAUGUGCAGUGAAUUGAAAUAAAUUAAAUAAAAAAUUAUUGAAAAUCUAGGAGGCGAUUACAAUUAUAAUCAAAUCAAUAACAACAAUUUAUAAAAAAUAUGUGGCGUUGAGACCGAUCUCAGAGAUAAGAUGAAGACUCAAGAAAGACAGAUCUAUGAGAGCAUAAAUGAAUUGAGAGAAAUAGGAUUACAAAUAGAUGACUCAAAACUAAAGAAUUGGGACAAUUUAAAAGCAGUACUAAUAAGUGCUUCAGAAGAAUACUAAAAAAAUCAACAGCUUGAAAAGCAAUAGUUCGCAGACUAUAUUGAUUAUAGAAACUAAGAUUUUAUUGUAGAUUCAACAGUAUAAAAUUAAUAAUACUAGCAGUAUAAUCAAAAUUAUGAUUUUAAAUCUAAUUAAAAAAAUAGAUUACAAAAUAGUCAAACAUAUUAACUUCAUUCUUGA